CCACCCGCCGCCGACUCAGGUUUACUCAAUGACAACCAUGGUUGCCGUCCCCCUCAUCCAGCCCCGCUACUCUUCUUACUGCACGCCCUGUGCGACGCCAUAGUUGCAAACGGCUCUGGAAACUCUAAAGCUAGACUGGUUGCUGCUGACCGUUGAUCGCGCUCGACGCCUGACAACGUCCGGGCGGUACUCCAAGCCUUCCCUAGUCUACCACCCUUCAAUUCGUCUCAGAGCAUCAUGAAGAAGAAGGUGUUGCUCAUGGGCGCGUCGGGGAGCGGGAAGACGUCGAUGCGGUCUUUGAUCUUCUCGAACAACCCUGCGUCCCUCACCGCGCGUCUCGGCGCGACGAUCGACGUCGAGCAGAACCACGUCCGCUUCCUCGGCGACCUCAUCCUCAACCUCUGGGACUGCGGCGGCCAGGAUGCAUUCAUGGACACCUACCUUGCGCUGCAGGCGUCCACCAUCUUCCAGCACGUCGGCGUCAUGAUCUACGUCUUCGAGGUCGAGUCGCGCAACAUGCCUAAGGACCUCCAGUACUACCGCGACUGCCUCGCCGCGCUCCAGAAAUACAGCCCCGACGCCGCCGUCUUCCUCCUCGUGCACAAGAUGGAUCUUGCCCGCGGCUCGCGCGCGCAGACUCUCGAGAGGAAGACCCUUGAGCUUCAGCAGGCAAGUGGGGACGUCUCUAUGACCGUGUUCGGGACGAGCAUAUACGACGAGAGCCUGUACAAGGCGUGGUCCCGGAUAGUCCAUACCCUGAUUCCAAACGCUGCCGUCCUCUCCAAGCACCUCACCACCCUCGCGCACGCCUGCAGCGCAACCGAAGUAAUCCUCUUCGAGCGCACCACCUUCCUCGUUAUUGCGACCUCCUCUCCUCCUCCCUCCGCGCCGCCCGUUAGCUCCCCCGUGCUCUCCUCCCCGUCCUCCUCGCAUGCCACAACGAACGGCCUCCUCACGCCGACCUCGCAGGGCUCUCUCCCCGCGCGCGAGCCCGAGCUCGAGGCGGGCGCGGACGCACACCGGCUCUCGCCGACGCGCUACGAGCGGACGUCCGAGCUGAUCAAGGCGUUCAAGCACGCGUGUUCGCGCGUGCGCGAGGAGUUCCACUCGCUCGAGAUGGAGCUGGACGAGUUCACGGCGGUGCUCGACGAGCUCACGAAGAACACGUACGUGCUUAUCGUGGUGCAUGACCCGACAAUAGAGACUGCGGCGCUGAGGAUGAACAUCCGGCUUGCCCGGAAGAAGUUCGAGGAGCUGCAGGGCGAUAGCCUGGUAUCAUAGACGGACUGUAUGCUUUCGGACACGCGCCU